AUGAUCGAUGAAAAUACGCCACUGGCUGGGCCUCAGUUAUUCUCGGAAUACAGUGCCACGGCUGAACAGGAUACAGAAUCAAGAGAAGAAGCACCCCCUAUCGAUCGCGUCUUUAUUUCAAUUGCUUUGCUAGGAAUAUUUCUCGCGUCUGCAGAUGAUUCUUUUGUCUUAGCUACCCACGGCGAAAUUGCCACCGACUUCAAGCAGGUUCCAUUAGGGCCCUGGCUUAUUUCAGCCUAUAACCUUGGAUUCAUUACUACGCUUCCGUUGUACGGAAAGCUCAGUGAUGCAUAUGGGUACAAGUUGGUACUAAUGAUAGCCUAUUUGAUGUUCUCGCUUGGGUGUGCCAUCACGGGCGUUGCACCCUCAAUUUGGCUUGUCAUUGGAGGUAGAUUUAUAGCUGGCGUUGGGGCUUCUGGCAUGACAGAUCUCGUGAGCUUGAUCAUCAACGAUUUGGCCCCGCCGAGGCAAGUUGUAAUGUUGCGCAGUUAUUUUGGCAUGACAUUCCCUUUCGGGGUCAGCUGUGGAGCCUCUCUUGGUGGAAUUCUUGUGGACGUCGUUGGCUGGAGAUGGUCCUUCCUCGUUCAAAUCCCAUUCGGCCUACUCUGCUUUUUCAUUGCCAUGUGGAGGCUACCAGAACCAAAUCAUAAAUCAAACGCAUCGCAAGAUGGACCCGACUAUACUGUGAACCGUGAACUAAAUCUGUUCGGUGUAUUCUCGUUGGGUAUCUCUGUCGCCGCAUUGACGUUACUGUGCCAUUCCCUCGAAGGAGGAGAUGGUACUACAAUGGCUGUUAUUUCCGCGACAGGUAUAUUAUCUGCCGUCGCGUAUGGAUGGAAUGAAAGAUUCUGGACCGAAGCUCCGUUGGUGUCUUUGAAUGUUAUCAAGCAUAACCGGAUCUGGGCAAUCUAUCUGACGCAGUUCCUUGCUUCCUUUGCCACCUUUGGUCUUCUUUCCAAUAUCAGCGAGUUUUUCACGCGCACCACAAAUGCUACGGCUUCUUUCAGUGGAUCCACCUUCAUUUCUGUAACGGUUGGCUGUGUUGUUGGAUCUCCUAUUUUCGGAUUUCUGAUACGACGCACCGGCAAAUACAAGGCAUUGGCAUUUACGUCUUGCGUUACUAGCCUUGUGGGUAUUGGUCUGCUUAUGCUUCGAUGGUCGCAGGAACCCAAGCUCUGGGAACUUGGAUACCUCUCUAUUCAUGCUGUCGGCCAUACGGGGAUCAUUACCACCCUAUUUGUUGCCAUAUCAGUGUCAGUUCCCAAGAAUGCCGGAUCCGGGGCAAUCACUUCCUAUUAUUUGGCACAGCAGGUAGGAAUGGUGGUGGGAGUAACGGCCACGGCAGUAAUUACACGCAAAGUGUUCAGAAAUGAUCUCCUCGAAAAGUGCGCCAUGGAGCCUAAUGCAAUUGAGGUAGGCGUCUCUGGUUUUGAUUGGAAUGGGUAUCGCUGUCUCGGGAGACUAAUGAUAAACAGAUGA